CAGGGUUAGGGUGCAGUGGGGAGGCCUUGGACCAAUCACCAGCCCUGCUUCCUCCCCAGCCCGGGGUACCUGGGACUCCAGAGUCCCCUGCCCCUCCCUGCUCACAGAUUUGGGGGGUACUUUGGUCAGCAGUAUUGUGGGGAGUUACUUCAGACCACCCCGGCCAUGCAUCCCGGGGUCCCCGAAGGCCCCGGGGUCUCUGAGCCCAGCCCCCGGGAGCUGUGUGCCUUCGUGAGCGGGGCGGCUGCCCACAUGCUGCGGGCCCUGCAGCCCCGGCGCACCCGACCCCCCAAGAGGCGGCCCAACCACAGAAGGUUUCUGCACAACCAGAUCUGCAGGCAGUUCACCAAGAUUGAGGCCGCCACCCAGCGCCUGGCCCUCUCCAUCCUGUCCCAGGAGGCACCUCCCCAGAGACCCUCGCUCCAAAAGCCACCCCCGCCGCCUCCAUCCCCCUUCCUGGGAGUGGCCUGUGCUGUGGCCCCCACUGAGGCUCCCCAUGCCAGCGCCAGCCUGAGUCUCACUGCCCUGGACACCUCUACCCUCGACCUCUUUGACAACAUUGUGCUCACCCCAGAGUGUGCCUCAGUGCCACAGGACCCCUCCUCUGGUCCCACUCCCCUGCCAGUGCCGGGUCUGUCCUAUCUCGACCUGGGCCAGCCGGACCUGAAGCAGGUCCCACAUUUCUGUGGCCCCCUGCCCCUUCCCCAGCAUGCCCUGGGGGAAGAGGCUGGUCUCGCGGCUCCCGACUGGGGUUGGGUGGACUGUGGGCGGAACGCGGACGGUGCAGGGGGUGGGCCACGUGUCCAGCCCCAACGAAACGGUAACCCGCCCCGAGAAGCCCGCAAGAGGCCUCAGCGGCGGCCGUCCGAGCGCCGAGAGGUGAGGGUGCCCCCGGCCUCACCUGCGGAGGGGCCGUUCCGGGCUCGAACCCGGCACCUUCCGGUUCCCCUCUCCGGGAUCUCCUAUGAGUCUUCAGGUCAUGCCCCUCGCUCGACCAGAAACGGGGGGCCUUUCUCACCGACUUUCCCCACCGUCCCAGCUGUCCCUUCCUGUCUCUCCCCUGUCCCACUGGGCCCCAGCCCCGACCUCCUCCUCCCUGGCCUUUGCCUCCAGUUCAACCGCACAGCGGGGCCAUGA